AUGCCGAGACUACAGGAAGACGGGGCGAUGGAGGAAACAAUGGCCAAAGAUGAGGAUCCGGAGGAAGCUCUACUGAGAGCUAGGCAGGCUCUGAGGUCCAAACCCCGGGGAUUCGGCAAGAAGUCCUCCAGCUACGCUACCCCGGAGUUUGUCCAGCCGCCGCUGUUUGGAUUUUUUCCCGUGAUUCUCUUCGUCUGUUUGGCAUCCUUUGACCGGAAGCUGAUAGUGAGACAGUUCGCAAGAGCUUGUACCGGAGUUACUUCUCCCUUGAUCCGAUGGCAAUGGAAGGGCCAGACAAGAUGCAGAAAACAGGGGAAGCAAGGCGAUAACAUCAGCGGGGCGCCGGCACCCGGAGGCGAUCAUGGCCCCCUGACCCAUGAGAAGGUCAACACACAGAGCACCCGCAACAUUAAGAUGAGGCAACACCUGUGUGUCGUGCACGCGCUGCCCAGGACAAGGCUGACCAACGCCAUUCUGUACGAAAACUCCAGCCAAGAGCGCCACCUGGAGAUGAAGCUGACAGAGCUGCAACGCAGGAAGCUGCGUUCGUCGGUUGCCAUGGAGAUCACCAAGCGAGCCUUCACGGCGCAGCAGGACCGCAAGCGGCGGAAGUGGCAACGCGAAGACCAGGUGAGGAUCUCCAGCAUGAACCUGCCGGUCUUCACGGAGCGAGGUCAGAGGGAGAUGAGCGGCAUCGGCGGGGGAGUGGGGCUGGUGGCUGACCGACGACCCAGCAUGAUGACCAUCUACCGCCUGGCCAGCGACGGGGGCAGAGCAGAGAGCACAGUGCAGGACCGCAAACCGCUGCUGCCCAUGAUGAAGAUUAAGCGAGAAAGAACGGAGAUCAUCAGUCACCAUGACCGGGUCUUCGUCACUAAACUGCCCUCAGUCGUGGAAGUGGACCAGAGACUGCUGACCAUCCACAACGAGUAUUGCGGCCAGACUCUUUUGAGCCAGGGUCAGCCGUUCAGAGACGACAGAUUCAGGCGCCUGCACACAGUCCUGUCUCCAGCGAUGCUGAAAGAUGGCGAUUAUCCCAUCGAAAACGUCUUCUGCAAGAGUCGCGCCCUCAAGUACAAGCAUCUGAUGUCAACCGACGACGUGACCCAACCGCUGUCCUCCAAGUCUGAGGUCAAGGUCAUGGUAGCCUCGCGCUAUCUGCCUGUGACCUUGAGAAGGUUGUCGAAACUGGGGGAGGGGAGUCAAAUGGUGACGUCAGAAUGAUGUCUGCUCUUUGUACUUCCGGCGAUAUGGCGUCUGACAUCUCGCGAGACGACAGAGCAGUUGACAGCGCUCAGAUGCAUGAUUACAGUUUUUUUUUUAAUUCGAUAACUGCUUUUAGAAAGGACAAAUAAACAAGAUCACCAGCUAAGUCUAGAGACCUUUGAAAAUAAUGUAAACAUAUGAGGAUCUUUGUUUCUUUGUUGUGUAAAAGAAACUACAGCGGCAGUGCUCUUUGAAUGUGGUGUGGUGUGUCCUGUAAAAUAAAUCUCCUGUGUCCCUCAUUCACAGUGACGGCAAAAGGAAGAGAGUGAGAUUGGAUUAAGCAGUUCUGCGCCUCGAUGGACCCAUAGCGCAGUGCUUGGACAAGCCAUUUGCUCACCACGGGCUUAUUCUCAUUAACAUGUGAAGCAAGGGAAGUAACAAGACAGCAAGAGGGCAAACAACUAUACACAAAACACUAAAGUUACUUCCCUUGAAACACAUGACGUCCUGUCGGUUUGGUCUUUCCGCAGACAAUCAAUUCUGGGUUAAGUAUUCAAUCCAGAUGCGUAAUCUCUGUUUCCAUUACUAUCGAUACAAGCCUAGACACAUGAGUUUCGUGCAUAAACAUCUGUUUAUCACUCGUAGAAUUUAGUUGACGUUCCGGUUCUUGGACCUAAUAAACAUGUUAUUUUCUAUGCCUGAGCGAAUGUUUACGUGCAAUGACGAAUCUGCUGUCGAACAGGCUCUGUUUCCGACAUAUGUGGCAGAACAGCUAGGAGAAGGGUUAGAGGAGUGAAUCCUGCUCACCAGCAAAACUGUAUACAUGCAUGAAUCCCUUGCACUAUUUUUUUUUAACAGUCAGCAAGUCUAUGUAGUCCUGAUCUGCGAAGUUUUGUGGAAAUUUUUGUCGGUAAAACUUCGAAAAAGACCAAAAGGAAAAAUUGAAAGUAUGAGAUCUAUUUCGACUUCCACCUUUGACCUUUCUUUAGCUGAAUGUGAAGGAUGAUAUUAUGUCUACAAGAAACGUCUUUCACAUACAAGCCUUUCAUAUAAAGUCUAACGAAACCCAUUUUCAAAGUCAGCAUAUCAAUGAACAAUCACAUGUGGAGAGUUGAAUGGGAUAAAUUAUUUUAUUCAGAGAUUGAUCUUUUGAGUACAAUAUUGAUCAAAACUUUCGAUACUCCAGUAAAAGCUCAAUACGUCAUCAGACAACAAAGAUCGUUCAACUCUCCAAAAUGUAUGAUAAACAUUCUGAUGAAACGUGCUUACAGUUGUCCUUUCAGCGUAGGCCAGACCCCUACAGCCUAAAGUCGUUAGAAAUCAAGGUAUUAAAUAUUAGGAUAUUUUUAAAAUUAUCUGCUCAGCCCUGCGUCAUGCACCAAGAUAGCAUCUGACCCGUCUCGGCUACAACAAACUUCGUAGUCUCGGUAAUCAAACACCAUAUGCAUACAUCUAUAUGCAAAACAUUGUUGUUCAGUAGCACGUAGGGUCUUAGAACUAAUCAUAGUUAAGCACAUAUAAAGCUUUCUAUGUAAAUUUUAUGCAAAAAGAAGAUGGCUGAAAGAAACAUUCAGAUUUCAAAUAAACGUGUUGUUCCUGGUGUGUUAUAAUUAUUAUAUUCCACGUGACGAGUUUGUGUGUGUGUGAAUAUGAUUGCAUAACUUUAAUAUUAACUGUAAAUAUUUGUUCGGACUUCAGUUCCUUCCUUACUGUGUAAUCUUUUUUCCCCAGUCAGAACUUUAGUUGCUGUGAGACAGUGAAAUGCCAUUUAAAGCAUCAGCUUCUUUCCCAUUCCUUUUUUAUUUCUUCUUCCUUUUUUUUUUUCUUUUAUUCGUUUCAUUCAUUUCAUCUUUACUUAGUUCGUUCGAUCUGUCAACUGGCCCCUCAUUCAUUUGUUCUUUGUUUCUUUAUUUCUCUAUCUCCCCCUUCCCCAACUAUCUACACCUGUUCGGUUUUCCGCAAAUAUUUUUCUUUACUUUCCCAUAUUCACCCGAGCCUGGAUUUCAUUUACCCGCUCGCGCUUCUCUGCGUCUAUGCAUAUAGUUAUCACUCCUUCUUCUCUCUCUCACUCCACCUUUCAUUUUUUCUUUAAGAGUCCCAAUGAAUCCAAAAUAAUAAACACGGCCAGACCACUGCCGCAGAAUCUGCCUCCCCUCAAGCUUAGCACUUUCUUGUUUGUUUCGUGGCCACGAUGAGAACAGCACCUCGUUGCAGGAAACACCCUCAUGUUGAUGGCGGCGAUACCAAGUCAAAGAAAAGACAUCGGCUGAACACGUCAAUCAUU